AUGCCGCCGCCGUCCAACCAGCGAGCGGACAUCGAGCCGCCGCCCCAAGUCACCAAAGAAGCCACCAUGGGCUUCAUCACAGGCGCCGUUCGAAUCGAUCCUAUUGAUAAUGACGACCUUCCCACACAGUUCGGCGCCCUUUCGAUCCUGGCCCAUCUAAUCCUCUCCCUCCCGCAUCCAAUGCACUUUACAUCAAGCACAUCGAACGCAGCCAACGGCAAGCCGCCGCCGCCGCCGAAGCCAAUGCCGACACCGCUGAUAUACCGACCUCUAGUGUCGUUUUCGAACUCGAUUGCGCCGAUGUCGAGAGUCUAUCGUGGUCUGACGCCGCAGUUUAAGACGUUUAUACAGAUCAGCAUCAUGACGCUUGGGGGUUGUAUAUGGGCGGAGAAGCGGGUGGGCGAAUACCUGGAUGUAGUCCGGAAGAUCAAACGAGCUGAGAGGAGGGCGAGAGAUAGCUGAUUACUUUUUGUUUUCUGCAUCUGCGGCUGCGGCUCAGGCAGGGUGUAUAGUAUUGGGUGGACCGGGUAACUUUGCAUCUUUGGGCGUUUAUACGGUUGGGUUGUGUCUCUACUCUUGUUUUACUCUCCUCUUUGUACAUAGUGGUAGUCAUGGUAAGGGAUAUUUUCACUUGUCUCUAUCAUUAAUAAUAUUGAAGAGUGUCCCUCUGGCUCUGGUGAGGGAUAUUGAAAGAGUACAUUGAAGAGUACAUUGAAGGAAAAGGAAAAGGAAAAAGGGGGUGUGAACAAAUACAGAUGCGAUGCCAACAGAACGCUGCAGUGCAAUGAAACUCAUACCAACCCAAAGAGAGGAAGAAAAACCAAGCCGUGAGCUGAAAGGAGAAGAGAAAAAGGGGGAUAGUAGGUGUGGUGAAAGAGAGACUGGUGUGAAAAGGGGCAGACAUAUCUAACUAGUACAAUGCUUUCAAACGCAUCUGGGCGUGUAUGCGCAUGCUAGUAAUAGUGAGGUAUCAGAGCGGCCGUUUAAGGUGUUUCGUUUCAAAAGAGGGGACGGGGUAGGAAUAUUAACAUUAUCCUGAUUCUGGGGGAGAUGAUUCCCAGCCCUAGAGGCCGUAGAAAUGGUAGUGAUGGCGAUGGUAGUGAUGGUGGUGGUGGUGGUG